GUUUCCCGUCGCACACAUGUACACAGCAGCACCGAGAUAGAGCAUGAAGUCUACCAAGAGCCGCGAUUCCUCAGGCAGUGGCCAUCAAGACAGUAAUGCAGAAACUAACGACGAGGAAAAUGACGAGCUGUGUCCCGGUUUUAAAGACGUGGACGCCUUCGUUAAAUAUGGACUGGGUGCAGUAUUAUCAGCCACCAAAGCAUCUGCUAGCUUACCUCAGGCCGGAGAUGAAUAUGAUUUCUACCGGAGCUUCCCAGGAUUCCAGGAGUUUUGUGAAAGUCAAGGAGAUAAGCUCUUGCACUGCAUGAGUCAGAUAAUGCAACACCACGGCUGCAGAUCUCACGUGAGAGACCAGAACAAGCUGACGGGGCUGGAGGAGAGGUUCGACUUGGUGGUGGACUCCAAUGAUGUCAUCCUGGAAAGAGCGGGGAUUCUGCUUGAUGAAGCUGAUGGGGUGAACAGGAGCCAGCAACCUGUCAUGCCUGCAGGGUUUCAGCCUCCAAAAAUUGUCGUUUCCAGCUGGAAUCGCAAGGGUCCGGGCUCUGGCAGUCGUGCUGAGACAUUCCGACUGCUCCACGCCAAGAAUGUUGCAAGACCUCAGCUGAAAUUCAAGGAAAAAAUUGAUAACAGCAACACACCAUUUAUUCCGAAGAUCUUCAUCAAGCCCAAUGCGAGAAAGCCACUUCCUUCUUAUUUCACCAACAAACAAAUACGUAAAGAGAGGCCUGAAGACCUCGAUGUCCCAGCUGCCCUGGCAGACUUCAUUCACCAGCAAAGAACUCAGGAACAUGUUGAAGACAUGUUUGCACACCCGUACCAAUAUGAACUGGACCAUCUUACAGUAGAGGAAAAACUUCUAUCCAAGCCAGAGCCUCAGAUGUACAAACCAGUGGCUGAGACCAAGUUCUCCUUCAUUGAUUCACUGGAGGAUCUGGUUGCUCUGAAUGAGAAGCUGUGCCGUUUGUCUGAAUUCGCAGUCGAUCUUGAGCACCACUCCUACAGGAGCUUCCUCGGCCUCACCUGUCUGAUGCAGAUUUCCACCCGAGAAGAGGACUUCAUCAUCGACACCUUGGAGCUCCGCAGCGAGAUGUACAUCCUGAAUGAGGCGUUCACUGACCCGUCUAUUGUGAAGGUGUUUCACGGUGCUGAUUCUGACAUUGAGUGGCUCCAGAGGGACCUGGGCUUGUAUGUUGUCAACCUUUUUGACACGCAUCAGGCAAGCAGAGCUCUCAACCUGGCCAGACAUUCCCUCGACCACUUGCUCAAACACUUCUGCAGCGUGGACUCGGACAAACGGUACCAGCUGGCUGACUGGAGGAUUCGCCCCUUGCCAGAGGAGAUGGUCCAGUAUGCCCGGGCUGACACCCACUACCUCCUUUACAUCUACGACUGUGUGAGGGUGCAGCUAUUGGACUUCAACCACGGGCAGCCUGGUCUGCUGCAGUGUGUCUGGAACAAGAGCAAAGACAUUUCCCUAAAGAAAUAUGUGAAGCCUAUAUACACAGAGGAGUCAUAUUUGGAGCUGCAGAGGAAGCAGAAAAAGUCUUUAAACACCCAGCAGCUCACUGCCUUCAGACUGCUGUUCGCCUGGAGGGACAAGCUGGCCAGGCAGGAGGAUGAAAGCACCGGGUUCGUCAUGCCCACCCAUAUGAUGAACAAAAUAUCUGAAGAGCUGCCCAAAGAGCCUCAGGGCAUCAUCGCCUGCUGUAACCCCGUGCCCCCACUGGUGAGGCAGCAGGUCAAUGAGCUUCAUUUGUUGGUGCAACAAGCCAGAGAAAUGCCCCUCCUGAAGGCGGAAAUAGCAGCUCAAAAGACGAAAGGACUCACACCCAUAAAAAAGCCAGAGGUCACGUUGUUUGGUCCUCAUGACACAUCCAGGGUUUCUGAAAGCGAUCUCCCACACAUUUCUCAUGAUGAUUUGCCGGUUAAACAAGGGCUGCUCUUCUCAGAGGAUGAGCACAGAAUGGACGUCGACAAACAGAAAACAAGCGGCCUCGUGGCAUCCGCUAAAAUCUCAAUAUUUCAGGAGGAGGAAACACAAGAUGACGAAAUGUCACUCUCUGUGGCUCAAGUAAAAGCCAGACAGAUCAUAGAGUCCUUUGAAAACCCUUUCAGAAUGUAUUUACCCUCGAAGGAUGUGCAUGUCAACAAGAACGCCAAGUUUGAUCCAUCUUCAAAAAUAUUUGAGAUUAGUAAAAGGUGGAAACUGCAGAGCAUGGAACAGCAGCAGAAGGAGAUAGAGGCCAAGAAGAAAGCCAAGGAGGAAGCAAAGGAACAGGCGAGAAAAGCCACAGAGGAAAGAAACAAGGCGAAGCAGAGCUAUCAGGAGUCUCUCCAGAACGUUGCCACCGUUCGCCAGCAAGCUGCGGAAUCUGCAAAAGGCGGUGGAAAGAAGAGAGAGAGGGCUGCCAGCGAGGUUGGAGAGUUGACUCCCAAACCAAGUAAGAAGCUGAUGAAAUCCGCUGAGAAACCCCAGAAGACAGAAGCGUCUCCGCAAGACAGCUUCAAGCCCUUCGACUACAGUCAGUCAGACCUCAAAGUCUUCGCAGGCUCCAAAUCAAAGGAUAACACACAGUUUGACCCAAAUCGUCAAGGCGAGGGUUUUAAGAAAAAGAAAGGUCCAAAGGGGCAAAAAAACAACUUCGGAGCUGGAAACCGCAGUAUGUCCUUCCUGCCUGGAAAAUCGGAUAGAGGAUUCCGGCAUAACUGGCCCAAAAGAUAGACUCUCUUCCAUGCCAUUUUAUGUCAUUAAAACUUUUUCAUCCUACAAUUUCCUUUUUUUUCCCUUUGCAAGUAAAAGUCAGUAUUUCAGAAUUUAAUGAACUUCAAAGUGUAUUUUUUCCAUCUGUGGAACAGUUUAUUCUGUAAAUAUGUGGAAGCACAUACCUCUUUAUUAAAGAUGAUUUUAGAGGAAAA